GCCGCCCCCGUGAGUUAUUCCCACGUCCCCCGGGGCUUGCUGCCGCUCCCGCCGGCGCCGAGAGUCCGGCUCGGGCCCAACUCCCUCACGGGCCCCCCGGCGGCGGCAGCGGCAGCGGCAGCGGCGGAGCCCACCGCCCGGGCCCCGAUGAGUAACUCCCGGAAUAACCGGGUGAUGGUGGAAGGGGUCGGGGCCCGGGUAGUGCGCGGCCCGGACUGGAAGUGGGGGAAGCAGGACGGCGGCGAGGGCCAUGUGGGCACGGUCCGGAGCUUCGAGAGCCCAGAAGAGGUGGUGGUGGUGUGGGACAACGGCACUGCUGCCAACUACCGCUGCUCCGGGGCCUACGACCUGCGCAUCCUGGACAGCGCGCCGACGGGCAUCAAGCAUGAUGGAACCAUGUGUGAUACCUGCCGCCAGCAACCAAUCAUUGGCAUUCGAUGGAAAUGUGCAGAAUGUACAAAUUAUGAUUUGUGCACUGUGUGUUAUCACGGAGAUAAACAUCAUUUAAGACAUCGCUUUUAUAGAAUUACUACACCAGGAAGUGAGCGGGUUCUGUUAGAGUCUCGUAGAAAAUCUAAGAAGAUUACAGCCAGAGGGAUCUUUGCAGGUGCCAGAGUGGUACGAGGAGUGGACUGGCAGUGGGAAGAUCAAGAUGGAGGAAAUGGACGAAGGGGAAAGGUAACAGAAAUCCAGGACUGGAGUGCGUCAAGCCCACAUAGUGCAGCAUAUGUUCUCUGGGAUAAUGGUGCUAAGAACCUUUACAGAGUUGGCUUUGAGGGCAUGUCUGAUCUCAAGUGUGUCCAGGAUGCCAAAGGAGGUUCUUUCUACAGAGAUCACUGCCCUGUGCUAGGUGAGCAAAAUGGCAACAGGAAUCCUGGUGGAUUGCAGAUUGGUGACCUGGUAAAUAUAGAUCUUGACCUAGAAAUUGUACAGUCUUUGCAGCAUGGUCAUGGAGGAUGGACUGAUGGCAUGUUUGAAACUUUAACUACAACUGGAACUGUUUGUGGCAUUGAUGAAGAUCAUGACAUUGUAGUACAGUAUCCAAGUGGCAAUAGGUGGACCUUCAACCCUGCUGUUCUCACUAAAGCAAACAUUGUCCGAAGUGGGGAUGCUGCUCAGGGUGCAGAAGGAGGUACCUCACAGUUUCAAGUGGGUGAUCUUGUACAAGUUUGUUAUGAUCUGGAAAGAAUCAAACUUCUACAGAGAGGACAUGGAGAAUGGGCUGAAGCUAUGCUCCCAACUUUAGGUAAAGUUGGCCGAGUACAACAGAUUUAUUCAGACAGUGAUUUAAAGGUGGAAGUUUGUGGAACAUCUUGGACAUAUAAUCCAGCAGCAGUUUCCAAAGUGGCAUCUGCAGGAUCAGCCAUUAGCAAUGCAUCUGGUGAAAGACUCUCCCAACUCUUGAAGAAAUUAUUUGAAACCCAAGAAUCUGGUGACCUCAAUGAAGAAUUAGUUAAGGCUGCUGCCAAUGGAGAUGUUGCUAAAGUGGAAGAUUUGCUAAAAAGACCAGAUGUGGAUGUAAAUGGACAAUGUGCUGGUCACACAGCUAUGCAAGCUGCUAGUCAGAAUGGACAUGUUGACAUUUUGAAGUUACUUUUGAAGCAAAAUGUGGAUGUAGAAGCAGAGGAUAAAGAUGGAGAUAGAGCCGUUCACCAUGCAGCUUUUGGAGAUGAAGGUGCUGUUAUAGAAGUACUGCACCGGGGCAGUGCUGACUUGAAUGCUCGCAACAAGCGCCGACAGACGCCACUUCAUAUCGCUGUCAAUAAAGGCCAUCUGCAGGUUGUGAAGACUUUAUUGGACUUCGGCUGUCAUCCUAGUCUCCAGGAUUCUGAAGGUGAUACCCCUCUUCAUGAUGCGAUAAGUAAGAAACGUGAUGACAUUCUGGCAGUUCUUCUAGAAGCUGGAGCAGAUGUUACCAUUACAAAUAAUAAUGGAUUUAAUGCUCUACACCAUGCUGCACUAAGAGGAAAUCCCAGUGCAAUGCGUGUUUUACUAUCUAAAUUACCAAGACCAUGGAUUGUGGAUGAGAAGAAAGAUGAUGGUUAUACUGCCUUGCAUCUGGCUGCCCUUAACAAUCAUGUAGAAGUGGCCGAACUGUUGGUACAUCAGGGUAAUGCUAACCUGGAUAUCCAGAAUGUGAACCAGCAAACUGCCCUACACCUUGCUGUUGAACGACAGCACACCCAGAUUGUGAGGCUUCUGGUCCGUGCAGGUGCCAAGUUAGAUAUUCAGGAUAAGGAUGGGGACACUCCUUUGCACGAGGCUCUGAGGCAUCACACCUUGUCUCAGCUGCGUCAGCUCCAAGAUAUGCAAGAUGUGGGGAAGGUCGAUGCUGCCUGGGAGCCAUCCAAAAACACAUUAAUAAUGGGACUUGGUACCCAGGGGGCGGAGAAGAAGAGUGCAGCAUCAAUUGCCUGUUUUUUGGCUGCCAAUGGCGCUGACCUUAGCAUUCGAAAUAAGAAAGGUCAAUCGCCGCUUGAUCUCUGUCCUGAUCCAAGUCUCUGCAAAGCACUGGCAAAGUGUCAUAAGGAAAAAGUCAGUGGUCAAGUAGGUUCUCGAAGUCCUUCUAUGAUCAAUAAUGAUUCUGAAACCUUAGAAGAGUGCAUGGUGUGCUCAGAUAUGAAGAGAGAUACUCUUUUUGGCCCAUGUGGACAUAUUGCUACCUGUUCUUUAUGUUCUCCGCGAGUCAAGAAAUGCCUCAUCUGUAAAGAACAAGUUCAGUCCAGGACAAAGAUUGAAGAAUGUGUGGUAUGCUCUGACAAGAAAGCAGCUGUUCUUUUUCAGCCUUGUGGACACAUGUGUGCUUGUGAGAACUGCGCUAGUCUGAUGAAGAAGUGUGUGCAGUGUCGGGCAGUAGUUGAACGAAGAGUGCCUUUCAUUAUGUGUUGUGGAGGGAAAAGUUCCGAAGAUGCCACUGAUGACAGCUCAAGUGGAAAUAUUCCAGUGUUACAAAAGGACAAGGAUAAUACCAAUGUCAAUGCAGACGUGCAGAAGUUGCAACAGCAGUUACAGGACAUUAAAGAGCAGACCAUGUGCCCUGUGUGUUUGGAUCGUCUGAAGAAUAUGAUUUUCCUCUGUGGCCAUGGAACGUGCCAGCUCUGUGGAGACCGAAUGAGUGAAUGUCCUAUUUGUCGCAAGGCUAUUGAACGAAGGAUUCUUUUGUAUUAAUUAAGAAACUCUGUUUUCUUAGCUGAAGUAUUUGGUCAUGAGCUCUUAGUAAUCUGUUAAGCUAGGUGGAGGUUCUAAUGAAUUAAUUUUUAAUAUCAUAGUUUCUUUCCUAGAGUGUGAUUAGACUGUAAAUGUGCCAGAACAAAAAACCUCUACAAGACGGUGUUUGAAGUUAUGUUUUUUGUUUUUGUUUCUUUUAAUUUGAAACAUAAAUCCAUGUAAUUCAUAGGUAAUUUACUUGUCACUUCUAAGGGGAAAAUCCCUUAAGGAUCUGUUAUUUUUGUUUUUAUUGCAUCUUUUCUUAUAGUUUAUAAAUUGUUAGACCUCGAGAAAUGUAGUUCCUUAUGAUCAGCUAUCCUUCAGUUUAUCAUGAUUUUACACAUUGGGUUGACACAGGUACUCAGACCAGUCAUGCAUCAAAUGAACGGGACAAGUCAAACCAUUAGGUCACAUGUGUUAAAUGACAAAAUUAUAAUACGUUUUACAUAGUUAAUACUGAAGAGAGGAUUAUCUUUUUAAGAUAAAAAGUUUUGCAAAUGAUUGAUUCUGAAUUCUUAAAUGGAAGCAUGGAAUGAGAGAGUAGUGACUUUGCAUUUAGCUUAAUUUCUAGAUUUAAAAGGAAGAUUGUUUAACUUGAAUCAAAUUUCCAGUUUCAUGAUGAUUGACAUGAAAAAGAAAAACAAGCAAUCAUAGUGGGGAACAGAAGUGGGGGAAGUGGCCAAUAAAUGAGUACCUAUUAACUGACCGUUAACAGUUGCCUUUCAUAUAUAUUAAUCUAUACACUGUUCUUUUUACCAGCCUUUAAAAAAAAAAAAAGUCUGUGAAAAGUGUACCUCAGUUUUCUCUGUGGUUACUUAUCCAGGCUUGAUCUGACCAGUGAAAUAAUGUUGCCCUUUUUGGGCUUCUGAGGUUCCAUGUAGCUUUUCUCAUGUACUGAAUAGUACCCCAGUGAUCUGAGAAGGAUAACGCAUUGUCCCAAGGCAGCAAUCUUUUUCUUGUCCGUAUCUGUUUAAUUCUGAUAGUGAUACUGGUUCUAUCUUCACCAUAACACCUACUUCCAUUUUCUUUCAGUUGCUAAGGUUUGUUGUAAAGAAAACACUCUCUUUAUACCUACAGGUGAAGAUAUUAUUUAAAUUGCCAACAGUAUCCAAGACAUAGUAAGUAACCUAAUAAUAAAUACUUACUUUAGAAAGAGUGACCAGGACAUUUACAGAAAUAUGUCUAAUUACCUGUAGUUUUUUGUUUUUUUGUUUUUUUCACUCUGAUUCUAGAGCAUCUGAUCAUUUUCCCUCCUUUGAAUGAGUAGUCUUACUCUGUCUAGGAUGAAUCUACAUAUAAAUAAGUGUUUUGGGGUCAUUGCUGCUAGAUUAUAAAAAUAUCAGCUGUUUACAGUGGUAUCUACUAUAUACUGUGUAUAAGCUUAUUCCUAAGGCUGUAGUUAUCUGGUAGUUUUUUUCCUUUCUUUAAUUCUGGUUCUUCUUUCUUUUUGUUUGUUUUUUGGGGGGGUUUUUUUUGAGGGUUUUUUUUGUUGUUAUGACAACUAAAUUUAAGAAUAUUCCUGGCAAUUUAACGGCUGCUGCCUUUGCAAGUCCUGGUGAAAACAGUAGUGAGCUUUGCUGGCUGAUUUUGUAGUGUUGGUAAUUCUAUAUCUGUGUUUAGCUAAAUAACUUAGGAUUUAGAACAGUAAAAUUUUUAUAAAUUUUAAAUUUGAAAAUUUAUAUAGAUUCAGUUAUCUAAUAAAAGGGCCACUGAGGCUAUUUUUUAAGCCAUAUUUUAAAGUUAUAGGGAGAACAUCUGACAUGAUGUUCACUUAAAUAGAUUAUUUUCUUUCAGAUUUGAAAAUAGUGAAAGUCGGGAUUUUUUUUCUUCCAUGCCAUAGGCUGCCCAUCUCUUUUCCACUAGAUCAGCUGGAGAGGAGGAAACACCUGGCUGACUUGUGCAUGGUUUGGCCACCCAGUAAAUUCUGUAGUCUAGAGCUCUGCUUUACUUAAAUCCUUUUUGUCUUUGGAGCUUGCAGUGCUUAAACUUACAUCCCUAAAAGGCAAUUUCAUUUUCCAGACUAGUUUAUUUCUUCUACAUUAAAAAUACAAUAAACACAAACUAUUACAAAAAGUCAUAAGGUCACUAUGAUUAUAAUGCUGUAUACUUGUGGAUUUUUCUUUGUACCACUUUGAAAUCUGUUUAAUGAAUAGAAGGUGUUUCUCUGUUCAUGUUUUCAAGCAUCUGAAAAAUUAUUUUAAAUUUAUUUUGUGUUUGUGAGCAAGAGUAAGAUUAAGAACCGAGUUGUUUAAGUGACUUCCUUCUAAUUCUGUGAAAUUGCUACCUCUUAAUGUCUCUCAGCAGCACUUUCCCAGUUAGAUAUGGUUCCUUCUCAUCAGCUCAUCAUCAUGUGCCUCAGAAGAGUUUUUACUUUUCCUAGAAUCAUUAAAAAAACAUAACAGACAUUCAUUCAAAAAUUUAUUGGGCCUCAGGGGCUAGAUACACAACAUUGAAAAAAAUGGUCAGCAUCUUAGCACACACAGAAUCUAUCAUGCAGCAGUUAUACAUUUGAAGAAAUCGGUAGUCAAGAAGGGAUCCAAAGGUACUAAUAACAUUUCUUCCUAAUGUUUCAGAAGAGUUGUCAUUUGGAUUCCCUCUCUGUACCCCCUCACUCCUACCACAUUUUCUCCUCUAAGACUAAGCUUUGUUGCCUGAAACACACAGAACUUACCAGAUGGUGCUAUUCUACUCGUUUUGGUUCACAUAAUUUAACAUUCUUACUGCUUAUACUAUAUAUGUAUUUAAUUUUGUUGGGAGGCAGAAGGCUUUUCAAGAGAUCAUUUUGUGUUAGUGUAGGAAUAGUAUAUUAGACAAAUGUUUAGUUUAGCUGGCCAAAUCAUAAUUAGACAAGAUGUUUGUAAUUUUAAACAUUGCAAAUUGACCAGCUAGUUACUGAGACAUAAAAUUAAUUGAUGAUGUUGAAAAUAGCAUUCUUAAAUUUGUAUCUUUGAUGGCUUUAGCCUGUAAGAGCAUUUUAGCAUACUGAAAUGCAUGCUGCUUAAGAUUUGUCCAAUUCAAAUUUCAAAGCUUGCUGGGUCAUGUUCUUGUUUAUUAGGAAUUUUGGGCCCUUUUUGACUAGGAGUUAGUUACGCUUAUGAACCAAGAGACUUAGUGAUGUGGUAGGAUAGGGAAACAGUAAGGAAUUGCAACAAGAAAGAAAGAAAAGUCAGUGUUUGAAUUUAGAGAAAAAAGGGGUUUAAGAAAAUCAUGUAGAUUUCAUCAAAGCUGUAAGCAGAGUAUACUUGAUUGAAUGAUAAAAAAAGACCCUUCAACCAGUUUUUAGUGUUGUUUAAUUGACAAUUGCUUUGUAAACUAUAUGGUUUAAUACAUCUGGCUUUAAAAAAAGUCCAAAGGAAAAGCACCUAUCCUGUCAGAGUCUCUAAAAUGAUACAGUAAUAAUUUGUGUAAAAAUUGAAUUUUUGGAAUAGAAUUUUUUUUGCAUUUUUUUAUUGUAAAAACACUUAACAUGAAAUUUACCAUCUUUAAGUGUACAGGUCGGUAGUGUUAAGUAUAUUCAUGUUAUUAAAUGGCUAUCCAGAACUUUCUCGCCUUGCAGAACUGAAACUCUAUUAUACACAUUGAACAACUCCCUUUCUCCCCCCAGUGGAACAGAAUUUUGAUUAAAUAUAAAUCAAGAAACAACCUGAAUUUUCUUAAUAGUUUGUGUCUGCAAGAUUUAAAGUCAUGGCCAACAUUAAGUUCCUAAGAUUUGGGGGAUGACAGAAUUUCUUCCCUUCAUCCCAACUGUUAUAAAUCAUAAUUGGGUUGGGGUUAAUUGUCUGUUAAUUGGAAGGAUUUGUUACUUCAUUUGGAGCCCGGCGGCGGGGGGGAUUUCCAACAUUAGAAUUAGGUUAGCUUUGAAUCUGUAGUGAAUGGGGAAGGUAAUAGAUUUUCACAGAUUAUGUGUGCCUUGUCAAAAAUGUCAGUUGUCUUUAAGUCUUCUUGUAACGGUCUCAAAAUAUUUUUUUUCUCUCAAAAACGCAACCUAAUUUUAUUUUCUUGAAUAUUAUGAUAGGAAUGCUUACUGAUAUUACUUGAUAAUCAUAUGAUAGCCUUGGAACUUUUAUAUAUAUAUAUAUAUAUAUAUAUAUAUAUAUAUAAGUUCCAAACUUAUAUAUAUAUGUUUUAUAUAUAUAUGAAACUAUAGCAGUAUUAAUAAUCACCGUUGUACUUCUUUAAAACAUUAAAUUUGAGGAAAAACUAUUUAAUGCUGUCUCAUGUGUACAUUGCUUUGCUGUAGUGAGGGGGAAAAUUCUUUAGAUUGAGACUCAGUUUACUGAUAAAUGGUUACUAGAGGAUGAAACUAAAGUAUGAAAAUAUGAACGAGUUAGUGGAGCUGAUGAAUUAAAAUUGUAGGUUGCUACAUUGGCAUUUUCUACCUCCUUUUCUGUCAGAGUAUUACUUUUCCAGCUUUUAUUCUUUUUUGUGACUAAGGAAGAGGUGGGAACCCGAGGUUCAAAUUGAAAUUUUUGUGUUGUUGAGGAUUUAAGCAGCAGGUACAGGAAGGGUGACUUGCCACAUCAAUUUGGUGCGUAAAUCCAUAACGACAGGUGGUGACUGACAUGUACAAAAUGUGUAAGAAAGAUAAUAUUGCUGAAUGUUUUACUUUUCCUGUACAGUCUACAUGACUUUGUUUCAUAAAUGUGACUUCUUUCCUCCCAAAUGCAAAAUGGUCCUAUAAUUUUCUAUAAAAUAAACAAAUAUGCCGUUUUGUCUAAAAUCUGUAAUUUCAGGAAGCUAUUGAAAGUUCUGACUCAGGGCUUUGUAACAGUUUAAGCAAUUGUUAAUUAUAUUUUGGAAAGUCCAUCUACAUAAUUUUUCAGUGCCUUGAAAGAAUUAUUAACUUGGCAACACUACUAAAACUUUAUAGAAGGCUGUGUUUAGUGUGGGUGUAUCAUCACACACACGUUUAUAAGGCGUAUUGCUCAGCUUGUGUAAUAGCAAUACUGCAUGUGUGCUGGGUUUGGGUAAUUCUUUAAAGGAAGUUUUCUAGAUUUGCACUUGAUAUUUGUUUUUCAAAUCAAAAAACUGAUUAUUUAUGGCCAUGACACUGUUACCAGAAAAGUAAUUCUAUAAGUCAUUAUGCAAAGUCAUGUAUAAGUAGCAUCUGGGAAGAAGAGCUAGGGUUCAUACAGUUUGCUAUUUUAAUAUGAAAGGAGGAUCUGUUUGGUAAACACAGAUUGUCUUCCCCUCAUGAAAAAAAGACUUUUUGUUCAAGUGAUUCAGUUUAAAAACAUUUUUUUAAAGGAAAUCAUGGAUUGCAUGUUCUUAAUGCUAGUCUUACUUAGCCUGAAUCCACAAAAUUGUUUUUCUGUUAAUUUCAGUAUUCUUGUCAUUCUAAAUACAGUAUAUUCAGUGUGAUAGGAAACAGUUUAAUUGACGCAUAGCAGUGUUUUGCUUUGUAUUUUUUCCAGUGUUUUUUAGCUCCCACUUGAUUAAAAGUCUUGCUCGUGAAUAUAGUUUGUAUGGCAAAUGAUUCUUGCUUAUUAGCUUUUGUUAAAAAAACACUUAGCAAGAGCUAAGCUUUUAAAAAUAAAUGCAAACAUUUACCAUUAAUAAAACUUACAAUGUAAUAUUAUAUAAUGCUUUUCUCUGAUCUUUUGAAAGUAUUCUUUAUAUGAAUUUUUAUUUUUAAGAUAUUUGAAAACAUAUCUCAAUAUAUCAAAUCCAUUAUUGGAAAGGAAAUUAUCAUGUCUUUGAGAAACAAGUUACAUACAUCUCCAACUCAGUAUAGGACAUGGGUGCCCACAUCUAGAAGAUUGUCAUUACAAUUGUUUACAUUUAAGGUACCUCUAUCUAAAGGGCCAAAGAAGCUUUUCAUAUUUUAACACCUCACACUCUUUCAGGAUAUUGUGAAAGUAGUCUGAAUAGGAUAAAUUUGAUAGAAAAUCAGUCAACCAGUCAGGAGGACACAACUUUUUCUAUAAAAUGUUUAUUCCUCUCCAUAAUUCAGAUGUAGAUUUCAUUUUCAAAAGAUAGACAUUUUAAAGCAAUGAUUUAUUUGGCUUUUUUAGUGUUUUGUGACUAAAUCAGUAAUUGAAUGGUUUGGAGUUAUUUUAUUUCUCAAGUUAAUAGAAGCAGUUAUUUGUCAUUAUUGAGAGGUUGUCUGGUUCUAGUUCAAAAGAUUCAGUAUGUGUAUCUGGAAUGUUUAAGAGGAAAACCAUCUGAAACAAAAUCUUUUAAUUGUUUCUUUGAAAAAAACGUGUAUUCCAACUUUAAAAUUGUGAUUUUUGGAUAACCUCUAACUAACUGUAUUUCUGUUGCUGUAAAAUUAGUUAUUUCAUGGCAAUAUUUUUUAUUAAAUUGAAACUGUAUAGGUUUUUAAAAUAAAGACAUUUUAGAAAAUCUGAUUUAUAUUUUUUAUCA